CAGGAAGUCAUUCACUGUUAAAUGCAUGAGCUCUGGCGCGUGUACCUUUAGAUUGACUCUACCUGUUGGACUGGGAGCAUCGCAAAGCUUGGGAGUCAGCCUUUUUAAAGCGUAAUAUCUGUCAGAAAGUAAGUUUUUUGUGGUUAUCGUGAAAAAGUCGCAACAACGUCGACUCACAAACUGAAAACUACGCAUUUUUCAGCCUAAACACUUAAUUGAAUCCACCUGCGACAGCGUGCCAGUAAGAUGCAGCUACGAUCGGGCUGACCAGCAGCUCAGCAAGUCACAACACUGGAUGACUUACCGGGCUGCAGACUGGAUGUGAGAUUGGGUCAACGUGUGAGCUGGUAAUCCUGGUUUGAUGUGCGAUGUGUGGACCCGCCCUCCCCCUUUAUCUGCUCUGGUGGAUCUUUGGAGCAACAGUCUCGACAGCGAGAGGUCAGGUCAUCGCUCCUGCCAGUCUGACUGCUGAGGCAGGUCGCCCCCUCGUGCUUAGCUGCAACAUCACCACGGCAACAGGCGACACCAUCCGCCAAGUACGCUGGCUCAACAAGCACUCCAAGCUGAUUCUGGCAUACGAGCAAAGCGUGCCGAUUCGCAUCUCCUACCUAGAACCCAAUGUUCAACUCACCUCCUCCCACAAUGAUGCCAGCUACAUCACCAUCAAGAGGGUGCAGCCGGAUGACGGAGGCUGCUACAGCUGCAUCUUUGACGUUUUCCCUAGAGGGCAGCAAGAGGGCAAGACGUGCAUCAGUGUCACUGGUAAAGUUCACCUGGAGGGGAACAGGACGGCUAUAAGUGGGAGGCCUGUCACUCUGUCCUGCUGGUACAGCCUUCCCCAGAAGGUUCAGCAGGUACUGUGGAGGAAGACAGCCGAGCAGGGGGAUACCACCACCGUGGCCUUCUACACAAAGCAAGGCCACCACACAGAGGAGCAUUUCAAGGAUCGGGUUAGCCUGAGCCAGACGCUGGGAGACACCCAGCUGACCAUCAAGCAGGUCCACACGGAGGACGAGGCCUGCUACACCUGCGAGUUCCACACGUACCCAGAUGGCAGCAGAAGCGCCACCGCCUGCCUCUCUGUUUAUGUUUUACCUAAACCGGAGGUGAACUACGUGACGUCAUCACCAGGAGUGACGGAGGCGAACUGCACCGCUCAGUCACGGCCUGCAGCAGAGAUCAUGUGGAACAUCGGCGGUGACAACCAAACUCUAGGGCCUCCCGUUUCUUCAUCCUAUGAGCAGGGCGACGGCACGACGACGGUGACGAGCACGCUGUUCUUCCAGUCAGCGCUGCUCAGUGACCUGACAGUCAAGUGCAUCGUGCACCAUCAGGGUCUGGAUAAACCCCUGACACUGCCCCUCAAUACAAAUGUGCGUCCAGCUGUAAUUAUCCUCAUCUCAGUGUGCGGUGUGGUGGCGGUACUCCUCCUGUGUCUUUGUGUAUGUCUCUGCAAGUGCUUCAUCUGCACCGACGACUGAUUUGGAGUCCGGCAUUGAGGCCACUUUGAUGAAGGUCCAGCAGAGCUCUGACCUGACCUAGCUGCUCAGCACCGUGCCCUCGAGCUCAGUGCUCAGAGGAGGGAAUAAAUCUGCUGGUUCUGCUUCCAUGAACUGGGGAUCCACUGCUAAUGAAGACACAAAUUACAAUGAAGUAAAAAACUAAAACCACAUAAUUUAAUGAUGGACAUCACUGUUUCGUUUUGUAGAAUAAUGGCUUUAUGGAAGGACGAGUGGCCGUGGGUAAUUGGGUAUUGUCCAAAACUUUUUUUCUUUUUGGUUUCACAUCUUUUUCCAUCUGUAUAAUCUACAUUUUUCCUAACCAAUAGUUAAAGUUGAGCUGGUAUUAUGUGUCAUUCUCUCAUAGUUUAAUACCUACAAACUCAGCUCUGAUGGGUCGGCUGUAGUUUGAUCAGAUUUAAGUGCUGCCAACUCUGGCAAAAUAACUAACCAACCUAACUGCUGUCAUCAAAUUAUGAUUUAAAGCUACACUUAGGAAAUGAACUCUAUAACUUGGAUAAAGAGCAGAAACAAAACCACAAACACUAGAAAUGGCAGCUGUCUUAACUUUGGCAGGCUUUGCUCCUUUGAUUCAACACACUGUAAAGCCACAUGAAUUAUUCUUCACUGCUCAGUGGUUACUUUUGUACACCAACAUGACCAUCAGAGGGCUGUUUAGCUACCUGAAAGCCCUCCAUUUGUGGUCGUCAGAAAGGAGGAUGUGAUUAAGAGAUCCAAAUUUAAACUCGCAAGUAACGGGAAAGCCAGAAAUGCCAUGAGACUGACUUUUACUGCAAUGAACCAGCCCUGUGUGAGUCACUCUGAGAGGAAAGAAUGAAAGCUUUGUUAUUUAUAGCUUUUGCAUGUGGGACAGAGAUGGGUGGUCGACCUGUAACCCUUGUGUGCUCUGUGGUUAACACCACCCCCAGCAAUAACCGAACACAUGAAUCCUGCAGUUGAGAAUUGCUGUAGUUACAAACGCCUCUGUCUCAUAUGCAUAUUUUUCUAUGAGUCCAUCUGCAUGUGUUUUUGAGUUUUGUGUGUGUUUACAUUUGUGUGUAUUGCUGUACAGUAUUUUUGACUUGCUGUGCUGAACUUGUAGGAGGCACCAGUGUUAACUUUUUAUUUGAGUGUUAAUAUAGGCCUGCCGAGGCUGUGUACAGAAUAAAUAUUUAAAAAAUGUAUCAGGAAAAAGUCAUUCUAACAAACUUGGCGUCUAAUUUUAGAGUAGAGUAUUAUGUGUAAAUACAAAGACAAUUUUAAGUUUUAAAUGUUAAUAAAUGCCAUCGUUACAGUUAAACAA